GGCAGUGACGUAUUUAUCUGCAUGAUAUUUCAGAUUGAGAAUUAAAAAAAAACAUUUUUGUUAAGGCUCACUUGAAACGCAAUUGAAUUGAUAGCAAAAUAUGGAACAAGAAUACACUCUUGAAGUCAUCCCAGACUGGAGCUCACAAUUAGAUCCUUCCCAGGCCUCCUACAGUCAGACCAGUGUAUUCAGGGAUUCAGUCAGACCAAGUAACCGCUCACUGAGGAGAUUGAGAAGCCUACACUCUAAAAAUGGGCAUCACCCUAGCGUGGAGAGCACGGGGGGUGCAUUUUUGGAUCCUGAACUCACGAUCGAAGAAAUGCAACGAUUCAGGAAUGACAAGCGGCGGCUGAGAGAGCUUCCGAUAGCCAUGGGGGAUAAAAGGAGACUGAGAGAAAAGUGGAACACUGUCUCCCUCAGCAGCUGGGAGACAUGGAAGUUGGGACAUUCAAAAUCACUGAAGAAGUUCAGGGAGGAAUCAUCACUUGUCAUCUCCUGGCUAAAUCUCUGGAAGGGUUCCCUGCAUGAGAUAGAAGGUCGAUUUGGAACCGGUAUCCAGUCAUACUUCACCUUUCUACGCUUUUUGGUGUUCCUGAAUCUUACUGCCUUUCUUUUAAUUGGCAGUUUUGUGCUCCUGCCAACUCUCUAUGCUGACAACAUGAAACUCAAGGAGAUUGAAGUGAGAAACCAGAGCUACACUGAAUGUACCAAGUAUCAACCGCUUCCCAAGGGCUUGCUUCCCAUUUAUUUAUAUAUUUUGGACCUGGUUUCUGGGACAGGAUUCAUGGAACUCUCCUACAUGUUCUAUGGGUAUUAUAGGUUUGGUAUAAUCCAGAUCUACACCUAUAACAUCCCUUUGGCCUACCUGCUCACUAUGCUCCUCUAUUUCCUGCUCUGCCUUUUGUGGAUUGUAAAAAGGGCAGUAAAUGGGGUUAAGCAGGAAUGGAUGCACGACAAGGAUUACCACACCAAGCUCAGUGCUAAAGUCUUCGCUGCUUGGGAUUCUUGUAUUAAAGAAACUGAGAUGGCAAAAUUUAAACAGCAGGAUAUCAGUAAUGAUCUGAAGAUUAAUUUGGAAGAAGAAAUGUGUCGGAAGAGAAAAGCUGAAAGGACCAAAAAGGAGAAGGCUCUCCUCUAUUUUGUACGUUUUAAUCUGAAUGUAGUCAUCAUGAUCUUACUCACUGGUGCUUUCUUCAGCAUCUACCAUGCAAUAAGAAUCUCUCAAGGGAAGAUGCAUGAUAAUAACAAACUCGGAUUUGUCAAAGAAUUCACCAUACAGUACCUUCCAUCCAUUGUGAUCAAUUUUAGCAAUCUUCUUCUGCCAUUUAUAUUUGGGAUAAUUACGCGAUAUGAGGAUUAUCCACCAAACACUGAAAUCAACUUGUUGCUCAUGAGGAGUGUGUUUUUAAGAAUGGCCAAUCUGAGCAUGCUGGUCUUCUCACUGUGGCAACAGAUCACAUGCUCUGAUGACAGGAAUAAAGAGGAUUGCAAACAUUGUGGUUAUAACAAAAAGUACCAGUGCUGGGAGUCAAAGAUUGGACAGGAAAUGUACAAGCUGAUGUUAUUUGACUUUCUCAGAAUCAUUAGUGUCACCUACUGUAUCGAACUUCCAAGAAAAUUCAUAACAGAGCACAUUUCCUUCAAGUUGCUCAAAAACUGGGGCAGGCAGAGAUUCCUAAUCCCCGACAAUGUUUUGGAUAUUGUACUGGGGCAGACUGUGGUGUGGAUUGGAAUGUUUUACUCCCCGUUGCUGCCUCUCCUUAACUGCGUCAAAUACUUCAUUGUGUUCUACAUCAAAAAGCAAAGUUUGUAUGUCUACUGUCAUCCUGGGAAAAGAAUAUUUCGAGCAUCCACCUCUAAAAUUUUCUUCCAGUUAGUCCUCCUGAUCGGACUGGUUAUAGCUUGUAUUCCUGUCAUUUACAAUUUAGUCAUGGUCCAUCCAUCCAGAGCAUGUGGUCCAUUUCGGAACUACAACACUGCCUGGGCCAUUAUUCCAGAAGCAGUGACAUCCCUUCCAGCAACACCUCGGAAGAUCUUGAAUUUCAUGUUAUCAGAACUCUUUGUCUUGCUGUUGACCACAGUGUUGUGUGUGGUGUUGACAGCUUGUGUGUCUUUGGUUCGAUACAACAGAAGAACUAUUGCCCAGCUCAAACAGCACCUUAUCCUGGCAGGCAGAGAUAAACGAUAUUUGGUGAAAACGCUGGGCGCACAAUCUCCAGCUUCGAGAACUGGUGCCUUUCAAUGGAGCACCUCAGAAAAUGAUGAAGGUGACACAAUGUUAACAGCUGAACUGGAACCAAUGGACAGUGGAACCUAUACACAGGAGAAUAAUUAGUUUAUUUCUCGUGUAAGGGCAAAAUAUGGAGAGAUGCAAGUGUAAAUGCUGUUCAGUGCUUUUAUUCUUCUGCAAUAAAUGUCAUUUAAUAUGAAUAGCUCCAACUUACACCCGACAUGCUUUCAAUACGUAGACGUCAAAAGACAUAGGACGCUAAAUUAUAAUUCAUCUCAAUAAUAAUUAUCCUUGCAUAUGAUAUAGCACCUUAUCACGUGUU